AUCCAAAACCAAAGCAUAAAUAUCCUGUUUUACAUUCAGGAGACGCCAGUGUGCCCUAAAGACCGCGCCUUGGCGAAGAGUAAGUGCAUCAGGCUGGAAUACGACUCUCUGACCUCCGAUGCCGUGACCCAGAGUGGAGUCGCCCUCGACCUGACGCAGAAGACCUAUGAAUCGGGAUGGAGAUCUGAGGCGAAGGUGUCACGUCUGUCAAUCAAGAAGCCAGAGGGAUUUGCUAAUGCUUACGUAGAGCUUAAUGCAAAACAGAGUGAAGGUGGCUGCUCAGGGAAGAAGCAUGUUGAAACGAGAGGCACAAUAACGGAUGCAACUGUGGACUUCAUUGUUGAGUGGGAAUCUUUGCAACUGGAUAAGAAUUGCACUUAUUCCGGCAAGUUGUGGCUCCAGAAUGCGUGUUUUGAGAACAUGAGAAGCGACAACCUUCCAGACCUGAAGUACUUAGAAGAGCCGCGGUCGCAGCGGGCGACGGGUCUGGUCCGACGGCCGUGGUGGCUGCUGGUGGUGGGCGUGGCGGCGCCGCCCAUUGCCGUCGCCCUCUUCUGCUCCGCCUGCAGGUGGCGCCCGCGGCCCGCCGUCGACCUCCAAAACGGGAACAGCGACGCGAAGGCCGCCCGGGCACAGGGACCUGGACCGGGUCGCACGGAGGUCCUGGUCGCCUACGCCGGGGACGCGGGCGAGGAGGUCCUGCCGCUGCUGGAGGCGCUGAGGAAGAGGAGGGACAUCAAGCUGCUCGACCUCCACGACCCCCGCGCCCUCGGGAAGCGCCAGGACCCGACCGCGUGGCUGGCCAAGAAACUCCUGGACGACUCCACCAAGGCUCUCAUCGUAGCCUCCAAGGGCGCGAGGGCCGUCCAGCAGCUGGUGGAGGCGGGGUCGAAGCAGGAGGUUCGAAGCACCGGAGACCAAAACAAUUCGUGUGAAUCUCCGAAACAUUUGGAAUUGGGGGCGAAUAAGGAAGAGGUUGGAGAGGGGGAGGGGGAAGAGGAGGGACGCGGAACGGUGGAGAGAAUGGAAGGAGGAGAAGAGGAAAAAGGGAGAGAAGGAGGAGAAGAGGGAAAAAGAAGAGAUAGAAGAGAAAAAGAAGAGGAACCCAAUAACUUGAAGAUUCCAGACUCUCGAAAUGGAUCGAAAGACCUAAAAGGCGAGGAUGUAAGUCGAGAGGAGAGGGGAAGGAAGGAGGACGCGAGAAACGGACGAAGAAAGAAUGAGAGAGAGCAAGUCUACCAUUUUCUCCUGGUGGAUUUUCUUCAAAAAAUGCGAAAUGAGCAGUUCGACGUCUGCCAAGUUCUGAUGGAGAGCACCCCAACGACCGACCUGCUGGACGACAUCCCGAAGACCCGCGUGUACCGCUGGCCGGAGCACGAGGAUCGCCUGCUCUCGGCGCUGAGGGCGUGAAACUCCAGAGGAUUGUAGAAAUGAUCGGUGUAGACACGAAUAGAAACGGAUGUUGGUGUUCUAGUCGUUGUUUCUAUAUAUGUAAAUGAUUUCUUAUUUAGCAAGUUCGCCUAUGCUAUGUUAUCUACUCAGUUCAUGAAUGUGUAGAUAAAGUGCCAAAUAUGGGAAAUUUUUCAAUCUAUUGCCAUAUUAUAGAUUUAUGAAAUCUUUAGCCCUUCUCGGGAAAAAUACCCAUUAGCAUAUAUAUUU